UAUAAGCACCGUAUCUCUCUCUCUUCCCCAUUAUCAGAUUCUGUGCUUGCGAGAGAUUAUCUUGGAUCUGAUCGACGGCGGCGGCGGCGGAGGAGGAUCCGAAACCGAGUAGGAUAAUGACUCGCCGUUGCUCUCACUGCAACCAAAACGGACACAACUCACGUACAUGUCCGAAUCGCGGUGUAAAGCUCUUCGGUGUUCGUCUCACCGAGGGCUCGAUCCGCAAAUGUGCCAGUAUGGGCAAUCUCAGCCACCACUCCUCUGGCUCUGGGUUGAGUGGACUCGUGUCGAACAAUCCUGCCUCUCCCGGUGAUGGCCCUGACCACGGCGUCGGCGGCGACGGUUACGCCUCCGAGGACUUUGUUCACGGCUCAUCAUCAUCCUCUAGCCGCGAGAGGAAGAGAGGGAAUCCAUGGAGGGAAGAAGAGCAUAGGAUGUUCUUGUUGGGUCUACAGAAGCUGGGGAAAGGUGAUUGGAGAGGUAUCUCUAGGAGCUAUGUGAAGACUAGGACACCUACUCAGGUUGCGAGUCACGCUCAGAAGUAUUUCAUCAGACUGUCUAAUGUCUCUCGCCGCAAGAGACGUUCUAGUCUCUUUGAUAUUGUUCCUCCUGAUGAGCAGGUAAUGGAUUCUCAUGAACUGCAAGCUGAGGAUGUUCCGAUGCAGGGCAGUGACUUGAUCCUGGAGACUGAAGAGCGUGAGUCCAUGAAAUCCACCAACUCUAGUAGUAGUGGUGAUGAGCCACCAACUGUGACGGUCUCUGCUUCUUUCGGACAAGAAGACGCUAUCCAAACGGAGCUACAACCACCACCUCCGGGUUCAUUCCCUGUGCUGUAUCCGGCUUACUUCUCACCGUUCUACUCAUUCCCCUUUCCGGUUUGGCCUGCUGCGUAUGUUACCGGGCCACCGGCAAAGGAAGAGGCUCACGAGAUUCUCAGGCCGACAGCUGUGCACUCAAAAGCCGCUCCGAUUAAUGUUGAUCAACUUCUUGGUAUGUCUAAGCUCAGCCUCGGAGAGUUUAGCCAAAAUGGUGUAUUGGAACAGUCUCUUUCAUUGAAACUAGUUGGAGGUUCGGCUUCAAGGCAAUCAGCCUUUCAUCCAAAUCCAGCCAAUGGUGGUGGUGUACCGGACAUGAACACCGUGAUUCAUGCUGUCUAAAGAUCUACCUGAUGGGACGGUGGUCUCUCAGAUUUGUAGCCGUAGCCAAGUGAUUCAUUGUCAUUAACAUGAUUUAUACAACAACAACGAUUUGCAGACAGGUCCCAAGGAUGGGCUCUCGGAUUAGUUAUUGGUUAUAUUAUACUAUUGUUUUAGUUAGGUUUGUUUGAAUUGCUUACUUCAGCUUUGUUUAUUAGGGUGGAAAAGAAAGAAAGAUCAAAUGUUACAGGCAUUUGCCUUUGUUUUUGGUUUAGCAUAACCCUUUAUUUCGUUCAAAAAUGUAUUAAAACUGCUUAGCUUUCUAGGAUUUAUUACAGUAAGUUCAUAUAUGAAGAUAUGUUCUUGUGUCA